AUGGUCAACAGAUUCGCACCGGUGGAUAAGAUCCACCAGGCGCUCCACGCCUACCAUGUCGUCGCCGAUGAUCGCGCAGAGAUAGUGUCCUCGGUCCACUACUGCUCAUGCAGUGCGACUGGCGACCACUUUCAAUGUCUCAUCUACGAGUCCGACCAAGCAGACGCCAAACUCAUCGGAGUCGAAUACAUGAUUCCUGAACAAAGGUUCCUGCAAUUGCCAGAGCAAGAGAAAAAAUACUGGCAUUCGCAUGUGUACGAAGUCAUGAGUGGAUCGCUUGUGCUGAUUGGACUCCGGGCUGGCGCAGUCGCCGACGUUGCAGCUGGUGCAGUCAAGAGCGCCCAAGAUGCCAUCAGCUCAAUCAGCGGUCUUGGCGCUACAGGCGGUGCUGUGCCUGACGCUGCCGAGAUGGCUGCUCUGGCCAGAAUCAAGAAACUGUAUGGAAAAGCAAUUCACCUCUGGCAUCCGCCUACUUCGGAUGUUCCACUCGGUCCACCUCGUCUCAUGAUGCCCACCGACCCCAAAUACGGCGGGGCAUCCGGUAACAUGAUCGACACCCGCGAUCAGCACUACGGCAUCAACACGGAGCUCAAAAUGCAGCAGAGAAAAGAAAAUCUCUCGGAAUUCUACGUGCCCAACAGCGCCGCCGAUCAGUACCUUGACUCUGGUCACACCCCUCAAUUCGUAGCUGAGCAGCGACAGGUUCGACCGAAGUAA